AUGCUGUCCCUCCGGUCGCUGCUCUGCCGCAGCUCGCGUGGCUUCUUCGCGCCGUCUCCACGCACAGCCGCUCGUCCAUACACUGCUCUGCAUCUCCUGCACCCAUCGAGUGGUCACACGUCUAUCAACGCGCUCUCUCGCCGCCGCAAUGGCUCGUCCACUGCGUCGUCUCGAGCACCUGAGCCACUCGAUCGGCGGCCACGAGAUGCACUACCGACGGCAACGGCGCCACAAGUGACCGUCGACCAGAUCUUGAACCACGUGUCGCUCAUGGAGCAGUGGACGUGCUGUGGCUGCGGCAUUGCGCUGCAGUACGAAGAGCCUAAGGGCAUUGGAUACUUUCCCAAGCAGCUCCUGCACAACGUGCAGGACUUGAAAGACCUCAAGCGACUGCGCUGCGAGCGCUGUUUCCAGAUGACGCAGUACGGGAAGAUCUCUGAUGCGAAGAUGCCGUACACUGAGUACGAGAAGCGCGUGCUGGAGCUCCGGAGUCAAGAUAUGCUCAUGAUUCAGCUCGUGGACAUUCUCGACAUUUCGGGAAGUUUGUUGCCCAAAGCACGUCACGUGUUUGGGAACAAACCAGUGAUGCUCGUGGUGAACAAGGGCGACCUGGUGCCGACCAAGUCGGGCAUUCGACGGCUGAUGAGGAGGAUCAAGCAGGAGGCCGUGAAAGCUGGGAUUGACAAUGUGCUGUCUAUCUACCUGAUCAGUGCAAUGAAGAAGAUCGGCAUGAAAGAAGUUGUAGAAGACGUGGCCAAGUUUCGCCAGGGUCGCGAUAUAUGUGUCGUAGGUGCUGCUAACGUGGGCAAGUCGACGUUCCUGAACUCGUUUCUUUCGCACUUGGUCGAUCGCAAGUGGCAGCACAACCAUCGCAAGUACAUGAAGAUGACGGAAGUGUCCUUGUCCGAGCUGGAGGACGAAGAGACAGCCAGGAUGCUCAACAUGGACGACAGUUUGCUCGAGGAAGCAAAUGCUGAAGACGAGAAAGGAGCGUCAGUAUCUGGCGAGACGACUGUUACGACUCCAUAUGGCGAGCUUUACGUUGCGCCAGGCGAGGACCCAGAGAUGAUCGAGACGAGUGCAGAGGAAGAUCGAGAGAUGACCACGUCGCCGCUUCCAGGCACGACUUUGGCCGUCCAGUACGUGCCAGUCAUGGUGCGCAAUGAAGCGUUCAACGUCCUGGACACCCCCGGGCUGAUUACUGACACGAAGCGGCAGAAGCUCGUCGAAGUGCUUGCACUCGACGGCGCUACCAAACUGAAGACUGUGUUUCCGUCAAAGCAAUUACCGGUCACGACGUAUCGUGUGCGUCCAGGCCGCAGUUUAUUUCUCGGUGCUCUCGUGCGUUUUGACUAUGAGGCGGCUGAAAGUGACGGCAAGAAGGACACGCUGCUGUUAUCGUGGUAUGGUGUGCUGCCUGGCCACCUCACCAGCACUGAACGCGCCGAAGACACGUUCAUCAAGCACGCCGGUGGGAUUCUCUCACCGCCACGUGGUCUCGACGCCUUGAGUUUCACUGGUCCGCUCAUGCAGUCGCAGAAUGUCUACUUGAAGGACUACGUGCUCGACAGUGUGCUGACGAAGUCCAAGCACAAGAAGCCCAAGCGCACGACUGUAGUAGAGCUCGAGUUGCCAGGCUUUGGGUGGCUCUCCGUGACAGCCAUGGACCUCGAUGGCACUACAGCAUCGCAACGGACGCUGAACCGCGGCAAGAUCUCUGUGCACACGUGUCGUGGCCUCUCGGUCGUUCCGCGCGCACCGCUGUUUCCAUUCGAGCUGUCAGAAUCGAAGAGUGCAACGUGGAAACGCUAG